AUGUUCACAAGCAGCAAGUUUGCCGCAGUGUGCCUCGCCGUGUCAGCGCUUUCGGGUGAUGUUCACGCCGAGACGGAAGCCGCACAGACGUUUGGCCCGCUUUUCGCGCGACCGUACGAUGCUCCUCGUGGCGGCGUCCGCGGCGUAGUUGGUAUCAACGUAGGGCUGUUCGGACGGGGGGUCGGCAACCAAUACGCUGGCAACCAAUACGCUGGCAACCAACACGCGGUCAACCAAUACGCUGGCGCUGCUGAUGGCGGCGGCAAAAAUGGCAAUGUUAACAGCGGAGUUAAUGGAGCUGCUGGACCUGUCUCAAAUGUCUCCAAUGGACCAGGAAAGUCUGCGACUGCCGGUGCAGGCGGAAACGCUGGUACUGGUAGCAAUGUGAAACCGUGCGCGGAUGGAGCAACAGGCAAGGUUGGCGACGCUGUCGUUCCCGGGGCUGGCAAGCCAGCGACUGGAGGUGCGGUCGGUAAUGCGGCAGGUGGUGCCGGUGGCGACAAGAACAACAACGCGUACGGCGGAGGUGUUGGUGGAGCUACCGAGACGGGUGGAGACAGCACGAAAGGUGCUGGACAGCCUGUGAGUGACGGCAAAGACCGAACAACUACCGCUGCCGGUGGGGACAAGACCGCUGCCGGUGGCGACAAGACCGCUGCCGGUGGCGACAAGACCGCUGGUGCUGCUGGUGGAGCCGGUGGUGGCGCUGUCGUUCCCGAGGCCGGCAAGCCAUCGACUGGAGAUGCGGUCGGUAAUGCGGCAGGUGGUGCCGGUGGCGACAAGAACAACAACGCGUACGGCGGAGGUGUCGGUGGAGCUACCGAGACGGGUGGAGACAGCACGAAAGGUGCUGGACAGCCUGUGAGUGACGGCAAAGACCGAACAACUACCGCUGCCGGUGGCGACAAGACCGCUGCCGGUGGCGACAAGACCGCGUCCGGCGGCGACAAGCCCGCUGGUGCUGUUGGUGGAGCCGGUGGUGGCGCUGUCGUUCCCGAGGCCGGCAAGCCAGCGGCUGGAGAUGCGGUCGGUAAUGCGGCAGGUGGUGCCGGUGGCGACAAGAACAACAACGCGUACGGCGGAGGUGUCGGUGGAGCAGCGAAACCUCCCACGGCGUCGAAGGGAAACACGCAGGCUUCGAAGGCGCCUGUCGGCGGUGGUAAAACUGGUCUGAGAGACACGCCAGUUGACGUGUAUGCAGUACGCCCAGGCGUCGGGGCCGCUCGUCAGAGGGCCUACCGCAGUCUCCGCUUGUAG